CGGGGUGGAUGCCUAUCCGCCCAAGAUGUACUGCUACUCGAAGAUUCUCAGAUUUUUACUCAUUUCGGCUGUAUUUUGCGUUGGAUUGUGCUCUGAGGAUGAGGAGAGACUGGUGCGAGAUUUGUUUAGGGGGUAUAAUAAACUCAUCAGGCCCGUCCAAAACAUGACAGAGAAGGUUCAUGUACGAUUCGGUCUUGCAUUCGUUCAGCUCAUCAAUGUAAACGAAAAAAAUCAGAUAAUGAAAUCCAACGUGUGGCUGCGUUUCGUCUGGACCGAUUACCAACUCCAGUGGGACGAGGCAGAUUACGGUGGCAUAGGAGUCCUCCGCCUGCCCCCCGACAAAGUUUGGAAGCCCGACAUCGUCCUAUUUAACAACGCCGACGGUAACUACGAAGUUCGCUACAAGAGUAACGUGCUUAUUUACCCGAAUGGUGAAGUGCUCUGGGUGCCACCAGCUAUUUACCAGAGCUCCUGUACCAUCGACGUCACCUACUUCCCAUUCGACCAGCAGACAUGCAUCAUGAAGUUCGGCUCCUGGACAUUCAACGGCGAUCAGGUGUCACUGGCCCUCUACAACGACAAGAAUUUCGUUGAUCUCUCCGACUACUGGAAGAGCGGUACAUGGGACAUAAUCAAUGUUCCCGCUUACUUGAACACCUACCAGAACCCGGAGCUCCCCACAGAGACCGACAUCACCUUUUACAUAAUAAUCCGUCGCAAGACUCUGUUCUACACAGUCAACUUGAUCCUUCCAACAGUGCUCAUCUCCUUCCUCUGCGUCCUCGUCUUCUACCUCCCGGCCGAGGCAGGCGAGAAAGUCACCCUCGGCAUCAGCAUUCUCCUCUCCCUCGUCGUGUUCCUCCUCCUAGUGAGUAAAAUCCUCCCCCCAACGUCCCUCGUGCUCCCCCUGAUCGCCAAAUACCUCCUCUUCACCUUCAUCAUGAACACAGUGAGCAUCCUUGUGACAGUAGUUAUCAUCAACUGGAAUUUCCGAGGACCAAGGACCCACCGGAUGCCCCAGAUAAUCCGCAAAAUAUUCCUGAAAGUAUUGCCAACAAUUCUUCUGAUGCGCAGACCAAAGAAAACCAGGCUGAGGUGGAUGAUGGAGAUACCCAAUGUUACACUGCCAGCGUCUACCUACUCCGGUAGUCCAACGGAAUUACCCAAGCACCUGCCGGGCUCAAUAGCUAAAUCAAAAAUGGAGAUUAUGGAGCUGUCUGAUCUUCAUCAUCCCAAUUGCAAGAUCAAUCGGAAGGUCCAUCAUACCACGAGUACGUCGAGUACUGCGGGUGGAGGGAAUGAGGGGCUGGGGGAUCGAAGGGGCUCGGAAAGUUCGGAUUCGGUUCUGCUGAGUCCGGAGGCUACGAAAGCUACUGAAGCCGUGGAAUUCAUCGCUGAACACCUUAGAAAUGAAGAUCUUUAUAUUCAGACUCGAGAAGACUGGAAAUACGUUGCCAUGGUGAUUGAUCGUCUUCAGCUCUACUUAUUCUUCAUAGUGACAACAGCUGGCACAAUUGGCAUACUGAUGGAUGCACCGCACAUUUUCGAAUACGUCGAUCAAGACCGUAUUAUUGAAAUCUAUCGUGGAAAGUAAUCAGUGAUAAGUCCAUUCAAAUCAACUCAUUCGAAAAGAAAAACGACGAAUUCAUUGAGCUCAGUAUCCUACUUCCGAAUGUACAAUUGAUUUUUUUAAGUAUUAUAUACGAACUAUCAAUUAAUCAACUUAAUUAACAUCCAACGUCCAUUACUGAUUUUACAAGCAGGAGGAGAUGCAUGAUUUAAAUUUAAAUCCUGUGACGUGUUCUCCCAGUUGAAAGAAGGACAAAAUGUUUUGGAGCAUCGAUUGAGCAUAUUUGAUAGAAAUGAUGAAUAUUAAUGAAACGAUAAACGUAGCUACAUUAUAAUGGAUAUAAGUGGAGGACCUCGUAAAACAAUCACGCGUAAUUAAUUUUCAAUGGUAAAUGAAAAAUGUCCCGCUCUCCUUUUGACAGUUUCCGAAAAGUCUUCCUUACGAAUAAAUACAAUAAUUAGGAAUUUACUAGUCAAAUGUAAGGAUAGCUCUCGAAGUGAAGUGUUUAGUACAUUUUGUUACGAUUGUUCUACCAGGUGCUGAACAAUGUGUUAUGUAAUUACCCCAAUUCGUAUAAUUACCAUUGAGGGGAUGAUAACUCAAAAAUCGAGUGGCACUAUGGCUGCAAAGUGCAGUUUAUUUCACCCAACGAUUUCAUUGAUUUCGUGCAUAAUCCUCAUUGAUUUAAUUGACUCUGUUUAACGAAAAUUAAUUAUUACUGUAGAACAUUUUACAUUUUUCUGAGAAUUGUUUUAGUAUCAUCAAAAUCAAACAGGUGUUCUUCUUUUUUGAGUUUUUUGAGAAAAUUUAUUGCGAAGGUAAGAUAAUAGUUUAUUUAGUAUUAAUUUGAAAGCAAUUGACGAGAUUUAUUGUGCCACCUUCAUUUCCGGAGUUAUCAGCCCCUCGAUUACCAUGUGAUUGUCAGUCGAAAUUUAGCUGAUACAUAGGUGUAAUCAGGGUAAUGCUCAAUAUUGAAAUUAAAGGAUGAUAAAACACAAUCUUCUAGAUCAGAUUCAAUUGUAAAGACAUAAUCUACAUUAACAAACUAAUUGAUUCACUCAUUAAAUCCCUGAGAUGAGGUUCAUUGCGUCGUAGGGAAAUCGUUCAUUGCUUGUUAGAGUCCAAUGUUUGUAACUCAAUUUCGUUAUUCAGUAAAUUAAUCUAAUCUACCCCCUGCUAAUGUGGCUUUUCUGGACGAACGGGGGUUUAGGAAAUGCGAUACAUUGACGCCUAUUUAGUCCCAUCGUAUGCGUAAGUGAACUGCCUUUCGAUCCAUUACGUGACCAUGUAUCUCUUUAAAUUGAUCAAUCGUUUUUUCUAGUCAUAAUCCGAGGAGGUUUGUGAAUAAGCAUGCCAUGUCUUUAAUAAACUCAUUAUGGAAAAUUU